AUGCCAGGCUACCGGCGCAACAGUAUCGCCGUGCCUGCAAUCGACGGAGUUAUUCAUGAGCAGGACAACAAGCAUUCCGUCUCUGGGUGGCCUGAGGUUGGGAAAGACUACCAAAGACUAACAUUCAUGGGAUCAUGUAGGGAAAACGCCAUCUUGUUGCCUGAGCGAGGGAAAUGCGCGCCCUUCCCUGUGCUGUCUGUCUCGCAGAAUCCCACUUGGCAGCAGAAGCAGAAGCCACCCGCAAAGAGCCCCCAGACAGCUUAG